AUGUCGCUCGAUGCUUUCGAGGCGCGGCUGCAGUUCAUCAAGCUGCUCAAGACGCUGAACGCGUCGCAGGCGAGCAUUGUCAAGGUCGUCUCGUUCGCGAUAAAGUAUGGCCCGCGCUGUGGCGAGGAUCUCUGGACCUGUGUCGUGGACGAGGUGGACAAGGCCUCGCUCAACGCGCGCAUCAACAUCCUGUACUUCCUCGACGGGCUGAUCGAGGCGUCGUCCCAGGUCGAGGGAGUACCGUACAUCGGCCUGAUCGAGAGCUCUCUUCCAGCGCUAGUCGAGAAGGUAGUCCCCAACACGUCAAAGGGCUACAUCAACCUGAAGAGCACGCGCGAUAUUCUGCGAUCUUGGGCGACACAGCGUCUCUUGAACCCAACGAUAGUGCAGGAGGUGCUCGACUCGCUCGACGCGCAGACCUUCACGGGCGGCAGCGGGACGCCCGCUCAAGGUGGCGACGACGAGACCCAGGCAGCAGUAGCAGCAGGACCAGGCGGGGGCAGCGAGGACACGCCCGGCUCCAAUGGAAGUAAGCGGAAGCGCGAGAGCAUGAAGCGGAGCGAUGUCCUGUUGCGCAUCGAGGAGGACCGCGAGCGGCAAAAGCGCCUGCGUGAGAAACGGUGGAUCCUCCCCAUCCCUGCUCCCGGGAGCGAGGUGAAUCCGGCUGACGUCGAGUUUGAUCUCAUGUGGGACGCGCUCGAGGUCGCUCCGGGGCUCGACGACGACGAUCGCGAACGCAUGCGCCACGACCUCGCGGCGGCAGGACUCGCCCGUGAUCAGCGGGCUCAUGUGUACUAG